AUGUUGGCAUUGUCCCGGUGCACAAGGGGGAGAGUGUCUAUUCCCUGUUCUGUCUUUUGCUUGGGGGCAACAGGCUUCAUGAAAGUACUACCCCCCUCUCCUUUAAGAGCACCGCAGACUCUGUUUCACUUGAGCCAGGCCAAAGCCAUUGCUGACCCGAACCGCCCCUCCACAGUGUUGGGACUGGACGUGGAGCUGCUGGGGAUGGGGAUGUGGUCCUUGGGUCUGGGUGCAGUAGGAGCGGCUAUAGCAGGGAUCUUACUGGCUAACACUGACCUGUGCCUGCCCAAAGUGGACAACGCUUCUGUGGACUACCUGGGAGACGCCAACCUGCGCUCCACUACAGAUGAUGACAAAGUCAUCAAAGCAAACACUUUGUGGGAGAAGAGUGGAGCGGUGGUGAUGGCUGUGCGCCGACCUGGAUGAUUUUUGUGCAGAGAGGAGGCCGCUGAGCUGUCCUCUCUGAAGCCCCAGCUUGAGGAGCGUGGGGUCCCUCUGGUUGCCGUGGUGAAGGAGGACAUCGGCACAGAGAUCCAGGACUUCAGACCGCACUUCGCUGGGGACAUUUACAUAGAUGAAAAGAGGCACUUCUAUGGUCCGCUGCAGAGGAGGAUGGGCGGGCUGGGCUUCAUUCGUCUGGGGGUCUGGCAAAACUUCUUCCGUGCAUGGAGGUCCGGUUACCAGGGCAACAUGAACGGAGAGGGCUUCAUCCUGGGGGGAGUGUUUGUCAUUGGACCUGGAAAUCAGGGAAUUCUACUUGAACACAGAGAGAAAGAAUUUGGCGACAGAGUUGACAUCGCAGACGUCCUAGAGGCUGUCAAGAAAAUUGCACCAGAGAAAUAAUGUAUUGUUCUAAUUUAAACGGGUAUUAGAAUGAUGUUCAAUAAUGUAAAAUAUUGUAUGCAAGUAAAUAAUAUUAAGAGGUAAAAAAUAUUCAUAAAGUUUAAUAUUUUGUAAAUCCAUCUCCAUAAAAUUUAAUUUAAAGCUGUGAAUUACACAAAAAAAAAAAAACGUAAUUGUUUAAUCUCAUGUUUUACCUCAGGAGAAUUGUACUAGAAGCUUGGCACUUUUAAUGAUCUAUGCAUUCGUCCUCAGUCUACUGACAUUUAUAUAGAUGCUGUCCAGUUACUGGGAUAUCCAAGUUAGGAUCCAUCAUUGCAGCAGAAGUAUUGGAAAGUGUGUUUCUAUGACAACUGGACUCUAAACUCUUAGUAGGGGAGCUGGUUUGAUGCUUGGACACACAUCGUAGUGACUUGUGCUACAUUGGUGGAAACUGGCUGUUCAUCUCUGUGAUGUGAGAUAUCAUUGUUCCUCUUUGCAGAAUCAUGUUAACCACAAGCAUGAACUAAAAUAAAUGAACGGUACAACCACCAUGUCUGUUCUGCAGUGUUUUGACAUGAUAGAAGGUGCAUGUACUGAUAAAAUAUGAGCUCAAUCGUUUAUGAUGAUAAUACUAAACACUCUUAGGAUGUGGGAGGAUGUGAUGUGUAGGAUGUGAUUUUCAACCUUAAAUAAUAGUACUUUCUUUUAUAUUACCAUGUGAUCUUAUAUCUGUGUAAUCUCAGUUGUACAGGUAUGUUCCAUAGUGGUUCAUGGGUGUAUACUAGUCUGUGUGGUCUUGUCUGUACUGUUCUGAUACAACUCAAGAUAAUUCUAAAGUGAUUCAGGAAAGUUUCAUUUGUCUUGUGACUUCUUUUUAGUAUUGAUGUCUCUUCAAAUGAGUGUCUCGUUUUUCUUUCCAUCGUUCCUCUUUGCAGAAUCGUGUUAACCACAUUCAUGAACCAAAAUAAAUGAACGGUACAA